UCUCUCUCUCUCUCUCUCUCUCCUCUUCUCUCCUCUCUCUUCUCUGUUUUUUUUUCUCUUCUCUCUUUCUCAAGUUUUCCAUUUCCCCAGAAUCAGAGCUACUGGAGGAAAACAUCUACUUCUGCUUGCUGUUCAGCUUCGCAAACAAGGAAGAUGGAGACAAAAUUGAACACCUGCAAUGUACGGUCUCUACUGCUUGUUUUCCUGGUGUGGCACCCAGCCAGGUUGGUGCUGGCUAACAUCCAAGAAGAUGAGGCUAAAAAUAACAUUACCAUCUUUACAAGAAUUCUAGACAGACUUCUGGAUGGUUACGAUAAUCGACUUAGACCAGGACUGGGAGAUAGUAUUACUGAAGUCUUCACUAACAUCUACGUGACCAGUUUUGGCCCUGUCUCAGAUACAGAUAUGGAAUACACCAUAGAUGUUUUCUUUCGACAAAAAUGGAAAGAUGAGCGUUUAAAAUUUAAAGGUCCUAUGAAUAUCCUUCGACUUAACAAUUUAAUGGCUAGCAAAAUCUGGACUCCAGAUACCUUCUUUCACAAUGGGAAAAAGUCAGUGGCUCAUAACAUGACAAUGCCCAACAAGCUGCUUCGAAUCCAGGAUGAUGGAACACUGCUAUACACCAUGAGGCUUACAGUUCAAGCUGAAUGUCCAAUGCACUUGGAGGAUUUUCCAAUGGAUGCACACUCAUGCCCACUGAAAUUUGGAAGCUAUGCAUACACAACAUCAGAAGUCACUUAUAUUUGGACUUACAAUGCUUCUGACUCUGUUCAGGUUGCUCCUGAUGGGUCUAGGUUAAAUCAAUAUGAUUUGCUGGGCCAGUCAAUUGGGAAGGAGACUAUUAAAUCCAGCACAGGUGAAUAUACUGUAAUGACAGCUCAUUUCCACUUGAAAAGAAAAAUUGGGUAUUUUGUGAUUCAGACCUAUCUGCCUUGCAUCAUGACUGUCAUUCUCUCCCAAGUGUCGUUCUGGCUUAACAGAGAAUCUGUGCCUGCAAGAACUGUGUUUGGAGUGACAACUGUUCUCACAAUGACGACACUCAGCAUCAGUGCUCGAAAUUCUCUCCCCAAAGUGGCUUACGCCACCGCCAUGGACUGGUUCAUUGCUGUUUGUUAUGCAUUUGUGUUCUCGGCCCUAAUUGAAUUUGCGACCGUGAAUUACUUCACCAAAAGAGGAUGGGCUUGGGAUGGGAAGAGUGUAGUAAAUGACAAGUCCCCUUCAAUAAAAGCUGAAGGCAUUAUAUUAACACACAACUCAGUGAAGGCAAUUCUUCAAGGAGCUAAACUAAUAUGGUCCAAGUAUAUAGCUUUCUCAUGGUCCAGUUUAAGCCAAGCAAAGCCUUUAGAGUACUUACAGAAGCGGAUGGACUGUUUAACCUUCACACACUCUUCUAAAAAAGAGAAAGGUUCCGUCAUGAUACAGAACAAUGCCUAUGCAGUGGCUGUCGCCAACUACGCCCCCAAUCUUUCCAAAGAUCCUGUUCUCUCCACCAUCUCUAAAAGUGCAACGACACCAGAACCCAACAAGAAGCCAGAGAACAAGCCAGCUGAAGCCAAGAAAACCUUCAACAGCGUCAGCAAAAUUGACAGAAUGUCUAGAAUAGUUUUCCCAGUUCUGUUUGGUACAUUUAAUUUAGUUUAUUGGGCUACCUAUUUAAACAGGGAGCCUGUAUUAGGGGUCAGUCCGUGAGUCUAGACAUUGGUUACAUUUUGGCUAUAGCAACAUUACACUUGGUUUAUUUUGCUAUGUACAGUCUUACUAAUAACUGCUAAUUUAUGUCCCAAUAUGUACAGUAUGUAUAUAGUGGUAGAGCUUACCAGUAGAACUUUAAAGGGUACCUGCAUUUGCUAACUCAUGGAAAUACAGACAGAAAACAUCCCGUGCCAAAAGAACCAUUGCCUUUUAAAAAGAUUUACCUUAGGACCUAGUUUAAAGUGGAUUUCAGAUCACGCAAAUUAUUUCCUAAUGUUCUAAUUAUGAUGAAAGUUGAGAAUCCUAUGUUACCCUUUGCAAAACCUUUGUUUUAGAUAUUACACUAAAAAAAUGUCUACUGUUACCUAAGGAUGAUCAGAAUUUAGCAUUGUUACUCAAAUAUGAGUUCUGCAUAUCUGAAUAUCUGAAAGUCUGAUCCGAUCCCUCCAGGAGGGUUCAGAACCACUGCUAGUGUAAUGGGAAGCUUGACACACAUAUGGAGAAGCUAGAGAUGUGAAAACAGCCUUUAAUUACUAUGUAGACUCUCUAGAGCCAUGUACAUAUUACAAGCAUGACAAGCUCAAAUAGCUAUGAGUCACCAUGACAGGAUGUUGAUUAUGCUUACAUUUAAGAACUAUUGGAAUGUCACCAGUUACAGGCGUCAUUAUAUUUUUAGCUUGAGAGUUUAUUUAAAUGUGGUAACUGAAUCUUACAGCUCACUACAAUCAUUGGAAACUACCUAACAGUAUAAAAACGAAGAUAAAUGGACUUAGUUUUCGAGGCACAUGUUGUCAGCUGACUUUUUCUGGUGCUGGAGAGUGGAAGAAGGCAGCCAUCUUGUCUGCAGUGGAACAAAGUUCAUUCAUGUCAGACUAGAAAGCUGUGCCAAAAACUCCAAGUGAUGAGAAUUCAUAGGUGUCCUAGGUAUAGAUGAGCACUUAUAUGAUUCUCUUCUUUCCUGUUUACUGCAAAUUCUGCCUUAAGGCUUCUUCUCAUCAGGAAUCAGAAGCCACUAAUUAUAAAGGAAAGGGCAGUUAGUUGGCACAUUUUUCUGUCUGGAAAGCAGCUCUUUCAGGUAAGAAUUAAUAUAAAUCUGCUUUUGUAAAUUGCAACUUUAAAUUUCAUUGACUCGAAUUUACAGCAGCUUUGUAUAACAGAAGAGGUUUUGGUAAGAGUUGAACAUUUUUAAACCACAACUUUAAAACAUCAUUGACAGAUUAUGGAUUAUGUCACACAAACACACACAUACACACACACACACACACACACACACACACACUCCAUGUAGCUAAAUUAGAAAACAUAAUUUUCAAUUUUAUAUAACUACUGAUUGUUAAUGGGUAAAAUUCAUUUUUUCUUUUAGCACUUAAAGACAUUAUUUAUGCCCCUGGAACAUGCUAAAGUUAACAGUGUGUUUUUGUCAAAACCAAAUUACGUUUGACUGACACGUACAUUAGCAGUUAUUAGUUGACUUUUAAAAUUAAACGCAACUUCAUGAUGAUGUUUUUUGUAGAAACCUAAGUAGUCAAAUAGUGGCAUUUCUUGCAAUUUUGUACAGUAUUUGAGUAUAUAUAGUGCAAAAGAGGUCUGUUCACAAAAUCAAUAAAAGGGGCAUCUUCUGAAAUAAGCAAACUCAAAAAAAAAUAUACCUGCUGUUCUUUUGUCUCAUUCAACUUUUUGAUUUUCUUUUCUAGUGUGAUUGAUUCUACUAUGUGCUUUGCAUGAUUGUAUUAAUACCAGGGUCACAGCUGCAUCUUAUUAACAGAAUUCGCUAUAAAGACAGCCUUGACAUUAAAAACUUCCUCACGAAAAGUAAUUCAUAAACCUUAAUAAAAUUAUUACAUAAGCCAAUAAAUGUAUUUUGUUAAUUCCCUUCCAGUUACAUCUUCUUUAUUAUCUAAAUAAUUUUAAAGUGUGAAUAUCAUCCACACAAUGAAAUAAAAGAUACCUGUUUUCUUAAAUACUUAUACAUUGAAAAAUUUCGAGAAAAACUUAGGGACAGUUGCAGCUGUAUGUGAAAGACUGUAAUAGUUGAAGAAAAGUUGUUAAGAUGCUUUCUGUGGUGUGUGUUGCCAAUACAUUAAGAACAAUUUAGGGUGGCUGAAGAGAGCUUAGAGGUUAACAGUACAUAUUCCUCUUGCAGAGGACUGGAUUUCAGUUCCCAGCAUCCACACGGUGGCUCACAAGUGCCUGUGACCUCAGCUCCAGAUCUGACACUCCUUGCAGGAAUCCAUGAGUACCCUCACAUAUGUGUGCACAUACCUCACUCCACAUAAUUAAAAACGUGAAAAUGAAUAGAUUAAACUUCUGUCAUGCCCCUUUACUCUAUGAUUAUAAAUUCCAUUAUUAUAAAUAUGUACAUAUGUAAAAAUAGUUCUAAAUAGUUUUCCACAAGUAAUCAGAAAAGAUCUCUCUGCUGUGAUUAUGUUGAUGGUAGUACUUUUGCUAGUUUUUUUUUUUAAUGGAGUGGAAAACUUACCAUUAUUGUGAUUCCUUGAAAUAACAGAAUUAGAAUUUUUUCAUUUCAGUCACAAAAAUCAUAUUUGACUCUAAUGACAUUCUGAUACAAAUGAUCACUGUAAUAGCACUUUUCAGAAGAGAUAUAUCAUAUAUUAAUAUUUGCUUUUUGACUCACCAAAUGGCAGGUUAAUAUGCUGUAAUGCUGUAUAAAGACUUAGACAGUCAUGGCGUGUGCAGAAUGUACUUGUAUAGAGAGAUGUAAGCACAUUAUACCGCGACUUCUCCAGCUGUCACUUAAUUUUACUUACUGUUUUAACACUCCCUCAGUCCUGUAUAAACAUCAUUGGGAUUUCAGCCACAGACUCCAGGUGAAGAUAGUGUAUUCUUUUCCUUAUAAAUAACUAAAGACCUCUAUAAAUCUGUAAAUUAAAUUAAUACUGAGAAUUUAUGUGCCUACUAUGCUAAAAUGUGGGCUGUUUUCUUUUUUCUCCUACUUUCUUUAACAAUAAAUAUGGUAAUAAGGUAAACAGA